UCCAUAAAAUGUUACGUACCAGAACAAUUAUUUCGUGGAACUUUUAAUUUCUGCAGAAAAAGAAAAAAAAAAUGCUGUUUAGCUUCUUUUUUUGUUGUUGUCAUGACAACUGUUGUGUGCUAAAUGGUAUUUUCUCCAUUGCAGUCAUUUUCUCUCAAUUAUAUGAUUCUGGUUUUGGAGGGGGGGUUUGAACAUUUGUUACGUAUUUUUAGGAGGGGGUAGUAAACUUUGUUACGGACCGUUACAAGGGGGGAGGGGGGAGUCAAAAAUUGACAAAAAAUGCGUUACGUAUUUUGUGAACGGCCCCAAAGAAGAGAACUCUGGUUAGCUAGGUUAAACAUCAAUGGUGCUAACAUCAAAACAAAACACUUGGUGUGUAAUCUUCAUUUUGCAUCUGGAAAACCAAGCUACUAUUUACAGAAAAAUCACCCAGAUUGGGCUCCUUCAUUAUCAUUAAACAAAGCUAUCACAGAUAGCACUCGUUUACAAAGAAGAGUGUUGUAUACCUACAACAGAGAGGCUAUGUUUAUGAACACUUUAGCAAACUAUACCCAACGCAAGAAGGAAGAUAAUAGCAACAUUACGAAAGAUAGCGUUCUUUUGCCUCGGUUGGCAAACUAUCAGAAUAGUUGGAAAGGUCGAAUAAUUGGAUUACAGCAUUUUCCACAAAUUCCUCCUCGCACAUGACAAUCUAAAUAAUUUGGAAAAAUCAAUUACCAAGUGUUUCAGUGGGAUAAUGU